AUGUCCUGUGCAAAUUUCAACUCUCCCUACCAAGCGGAAAAAAGGAGAACAUCAGAAAAUACGGAUAACAAAAAUGUCGAAUCUGUAAGCACCGCUGUUAAUUAUGCUGAUAUGGGAUCAUUAAAGAAUAUAAACAACACCGUAGUAAACGAGAAACAUUUAGUUGGAAAAUCAGUUGCUUUGUUUUUUUCAAACGGAAGUGACCCCAAAUGUAGAGCUUUUUUACCGUUCUUACAACAGUAUUAUAAAACCAUAAACGAAGCAGGGUCUCGUCAAAAAAUAGAAGUCAUCUUUGUUAGCACUGACCCCGAUAGAACAUCAUUCGAAGACCACAAAAAGCAUAUGCCCUGGUUAUAUAUUGAUAUUGCUGACCCAUUAACAGAUAUAUUGAAAAAACAUUUUAGAAUUAUGAAUUUUCAUGAAGUUCCUUUUUAUGGAUCAGGGCCAAGAAGUGAUGUACCUUGCUUAGUUGUUAUUGGAAGUGAUGGAAGAGAAGCUCAACUUUUACAUAUUUGCAGUGGAAGGGAUGAAGGUGAAAAAGGUAUAUUAAGAUGGGACUACAGAAAUAAUGUCUAUUCGCUGAAUAAAAAUGAGUCAUCAUUUUAG